AUGCUAACUUUCGCGUCACAGAAUACCACAAAGAUGAAGAACUUCACUUCCGAGCAAAAGAAGUCCGUCCGGCUCCUCGACAGAUACAAGUGUUUCAUCUGCCAGAAGUGGAAGCCCAAUGCCUGCUUCUCCAAGAAGCAACUAGGCACAUACACCUACAAGGAGGGGACCGGUCAAUCAGUCGAUGGAGUCUCCGCUCGCCUUCGUUGUAUGGCUUGCGUUGGAGGUCAGACUGGUGAGUUGAGGUGCGAAGGACCGUGCGGUCUUGUUCUGGCUCUUGAUGCAUUCUCAAAGCAAGCUCGUAGCAAUGGUGGUAGCAAGUGGUGUGUUAGCUGCACUUCGUGGAAGGAAGCUGCUGAACCCGGUGUCACCACUGCUCCAGCUGUCUCCACCGACAUCGCUCCGGAUGAACAAGAUACUUAUAAUGCUACGGCGACGGCCAGCGAGAAUGACAAUAAUGCUGCUAUGAGUGACCCCGAAGCAGGCUGGUCUGAUGACGAGUAUGAAAGCUACGGCUACCCAGGCGCUGGUACAUCCGAGCUGGACGCCGCUUCAUCCGCCGGUGUUCACACAAACUUCACCGCUGUUCCGUACGCUGGUUUUGGAGCUUUGAGUCUGUCUGGUGCUUCCGAGAAUGAGAACUCCUAUGCCGCCCCCCUUGGUCAACCAUCAAGGGGUGCUUGUGGUCUGGGCUCAAGUCUUUCUGGUAAUGUUCCGACCUACACAGCCUACGAUUCUCACGGCAAUGCGCACACCAAGCAACGUGUCCCGUCCGAGACAGCCUCACAAGCUUCAAAUGCUACAGUUGUCCCUGAAAGAAACAGCAACUGGGCAAAGCCUGCUGGCCGAAGAGUCGAGCCGAAGAUGACAACCCCUGUUGUUCUUCCUUCAGCACAUGGCUAUGGAAGCGACUCAGAAGACGAGAUGUAA